CCAAGCCAAGGAAUAUUUUAGAGAAGAACAAGAUCAAGGUUGCAACAGACUACAUUGCAACAUUCAAUGGUGGUGACAGAGCAUAAGUGGAGAAUAUUGAGGGAUCCAAGAAUGUUGUGGACCUCCUUGAGAGGACAUGCAGUUGUAGGAGGUGGGAUUUGACUUGAAUCCCGUGUAAGCAUGUCGUUGCUGCAAUAUAUGGGAAGAGGGAAAACCCGGAUGACUAUGUGGCACCUUGCUACCUGAAGAAGACUUAUUUGAGUAUCUACAAUCACCUAAUACAGCCUGUGAAUAGCAUGGAUAUGUGGUCAACAAGUGAAGAUCAAGCUAUCUUACCUCCGCAAUAUUCAAGGCAGCCUGGGAGGCCAAAAACGAAGAGGAUUAAGGAUGCUUCAGAAAAAGAGAUAAAUGGAGGUACUAAACUUCGAAGAGUGCAAAGAUCCUUGAGGUGUAGCAACUGUGGCCAAGUAGGACACAAUCUGAAAACAUGUCAGCGGCACUUGCCACCAAAGGAAAAGAAGGCUGCUGCUCUUUCUAAGAAGAGAAAAGUGAAUGGUGAAGCAGGACAAGGUUCUGAAAAUCAGUCCAAGAAAGACAAAACAGGUCCCUUGACUGCAAAUGAGUUGAUGCAGAAAGCUAGAGAAAGAGCUGAAUAUCAAAGGAUGGCUGCAUUGAAGGCAUCAAGGUUGGCAGCAAACAUGCCUGCUUCAACAAGGGGUAGGCCUAAGCCAGCUACAAGUGCUCCAACAAGCUCACGGCCUGCAUAAGCUAUACAUCUGCCACCACUAAUUCAAGGGCUCCACAAGCUUUUGGGAGAUCAAGCAACAACGCUGCAGCACCAACAAGGUCAUCUCAGAGGCUUAGACAAAACUCAGGUAAAGAACAUGGAAAAUAGUUGUGCAAUUGGACAAAGUGUUAGCCUGCCCAUCAGAUCAAUUUAGACAUCCUUUUUUGUGCAACCUUUUGAUGUGUCAUUUGGUUGCUAGCUCUAAUCUUUUGAUUAGAUGAUUAGAGCUAUAUUAGAUGCAUACUUGAACAAUUAAUGAGGAUGUAAUGCUCUAAUUUUUUGUUUUUGGUAAGUUAGAGCUUGGUUAAUGGCUUGCUAAUGCUGCAAAAACUAUGUAGGGAUUAUGUUGCAAUGGA